AUGAAUGAGAAAUGUAUGCAUACAUGGUAAAAUUUUUUUUAAAAAAAUUGAAAAGUUCCUUUCUAAGGGGUUGAAAUUGGAAAAUUUUCUUGUUCCAGUCGUCACUCCUCUCCUCCUUCACGUCGCUCCUUCUCCGGCACCUUCCCCAUCUCCGGCGACUUCGCUUUCUUCAACGGCGACAGACACACGCGAGCUCAAGUCGUUCUCUUGCUCCACCCGACGAUUCGACAUCCAUGCGACAACAGCUUCGGCAGCAGCGGUGCGAGCUCUUCUCUCCGAUCAGCGACGAACAGGCGGCUGAUGCUCCACCUUCGGCGGCGUUACCCACACAAGAACGAGGCACCUUCCUUCAACGGCGGCAUUCCGACGGUGUCUGCACUCACGAGAAGCAGCAACUUCGAUUUCUGGCGAAUUCCGGUGUUUGCCUUGCACGUUAGAUUGUGAGGAGUUUGGAUCCAGCCUUGUCCCUCUCUUCUGGCGAGUCUUGACGCUCCAGCGAACUCAAAUUUGGACUCCCACGCAGUUUCAACAGUGUUCCAGCGGCGGUGUCCCUAUUUCUACAAGAUUCGACACUAGCCCAUCCUCAAUCGACUUUAGAUUAGCAAAAUCUACAGGUUAAAGCGUAUUAGAACACGAACCAGCAACUGCUCGAUGCUGUUUGGCGGCGUUCAGACGGAGGACUCGUACAUUUUAGUGAGACUGUGAGAAAGUGGUAGGAAAAUCUCGUGCAAUUAUAGAGGGAAGUUGGGUGAAUGCCAGUGAGACUUGUGUUGAGUAAUGAAGAAGGUCCAAUAUGCCAUACAUAGUUUGAAAACAAUAACUGAAAGUGCUUCACAAGACCUCCUUGAAUACAACCGCUUCCUUGCAGAGCUCAAGCAUUCAAGUCGCUACUUCGACUCUUUGCAACUCUUCACUCAAAUCCAUUCAUCUCAUUGCUUCAAUAUCAAGCCUGACCACUACAAUCUCUCCACUGUACUUGCUGUUUGUGCCAACUUCCGUGACAUUGUUUUCGGGUCUCAGCUCCAUGGUUAUGCGAUUCGAUCUGGGUUCAAAUUCUAUCCUCAUGUUGCAAAUACCAUUCUUUCACUUUAUGCCAAAACAGAGGAUUUAGCAUCUUUGAAAAGGGGUUUCCAAGAGAUUGAGAAACCAGAUGUUUACUCUUGGACUACGCUGUUGUCAGCUUGUACGAAAUUAGGUCAUAUUGAAUAUGCAGAUGAGGUGUUUGAUAUGAUGCCGAAGGAUAAUGUUGCGUGUUGGAAUGCUAUGAUAACUGGGUUUGCAGAAAGUGGACAUGAUUGGGUUGCCGUGAACACCUUUUAUGAAAUGCACAAAAUGGGUGUUAAGCCGGAUAAUUACUCUUUUGCUUGUAUCUUGAGUUUGUGUACCAAGGAAAUUGAAGAUUUGGGAAGACAGGUGCAUUCUUUGGUAAUUAAAGCUGGAUAUCUUGGAAAAACUUCUGUGAUUAACGCUUUGAUCACUAUGUAUUUCAGUAUUGAGAACCUCGAGGAUGCCUAUGAGGUUUUUGAGGGAACUGAAGCUAAGGUUCGCGAUCAGAUUACUUAUAAUGUAAUGAUAGAUGGCUUGGCCUGUGUAAGAAGGAAAGAAGAGGCGUUGAUUAUGUUCAUAGAUAUGAAAAGGGCAUGUCUAAGUCCUACUGAGCUCACCUUUGUGAGCAUUAUGAGCUCAUGUUCAUUUAUACGGGUCGCCCAACAAGUGCACUCCCAAGCCAUUAAGCUAGGGUUUGAAUCUUUUACUUUAGUAGGAAAUUCAACCAUAACUAUGUACUCUUCUUGUGGGGAGUUUCAAGCAGCAAAUGCAGUUUUCCAGUUGCUAAGAGAGAAAGAUCUUGUCUCAUGGAAUGCCAUAAUCUCGAGCUAUAUCCAAGGGAAUUUUGGAAAAUCAGCUGUUCUUGCUUUUCUACAAAUGCAAAGGACUGGAAUUGGGCCGGAUGAGUUCACGUUUGGAAGCUUAUUAGGAGUUUCAGAGUUCAUUGAGAUAGUGGAAAUGGUUCAUGCUUUUGUACAUAAAAAUGGGUUGAUCCUCGUAAUCGAAAUUUUAAAUGCAUUAGUUUCUGCAUAUGCGAAGUGUAGGAAGAUAAAACAGUCUCAUCAAGUAUUUAGUGAAAUCAAUUCAAAAAAUUUAAUUUCUUGGAACUCUGUCAUCAAUGGAUUUCUGUUAAAUGGGCUUCCAUUGCAGGCAUUGGAGCAUUUUUCUAAGCUUAUAAUGUCAAAGCUCAAGCCAAGCACAUUUACACUCAGCAUUGUCCUGAGCAUUUGUGCAAACAUUUCAACCUUGGACAUUGGAAAACAAAUUCAUGGUUACAUUCUCAGGUCGGGGAACUUCUCAGAAACUUCUAUAUGCAAUGGUCUUAUUACAAUGUAUUCAAAAUGUGGGAUGCUAGAUUGGUCUUUGAAAAUUUUUAAUGUCAUGAUCGAAAGGGAUAUUGUAUCAUGGAAUUCUGUAAUAUCUGCUUAUGCACAACAUGGGAAGGGGAAGGAAGCUGUUGAUUGUUUCAAGGCCAUGCAAGACAUCCCCUCGAUUAUGCCUGAUCAAGCCACAUUCACUACUAUUCUUUCAGCUUGCAGCCAUGCAGGAUUAGUUGACGAAGCCUGUCAGAUUUUGGAUACAAUGUUGAUAGAUUAUCAUGUUGUUCCUAGUGUGGAUCAAUUAUCUUGCAUUGUCGACCUUAUAGGUCGUUUGGGGUAUAUUGAUCAGGCUGAAAGUGUAAUCGAAAGUGCAGAAUAUGGGGAGCAUACACACGUUUGGUGGGCAUUGUUUAGUGCCUGUGCAGCUCAUGAAAACUUAAGGUUGGGAAGAAUUGUUGCGGGAAUCCUUCUAGAGAAAGAACGUGAGAAUCCAUCUGUGUAUGUGGUUCUGUCAAAUAUAUAUGCCAGUGCUGGGUGUUGGGAAGAAGCAGCCAAUGUAAGGGAUUUGAUUAAGAAAACUGGUGCUAUGAAACAACCAGGCUGCAGUUGGAUCAGGUAAACUGUAUCAUGCUUUACUAAAAGUCUUUUAAAAAGUUUUGAUCCUUCAUUGGGGUGGAUUAGACAUAUUGUUUGUCUGGUGAAUUAUGGAUUCAAUUAUGAUAGAAGAUCCAAUUUUCAUGCCCAUUUAUUUCACUGCAAUUAAUUACAACAAAAAUAGCUUUUUAAUAAAAAAAAAACAUGAGAAAACAUGGUUCAAUGGGUCCCCAAAAAAAAAGUGCUCAAUCGAAAUGUUAACGUUCAAAUUUUCAUGUUUUUUGGGUGAAUCCUCUGUCUCGAGUUGUUCAGCUAAGAGUUGAGGGGAAGACCAUGAUCGAAUUAUCUACAAAUAGGGAAGUGCUCAUUUGGCUUGGAGUUCAUGGACAACAUGCCUGAUAAUCGAGUGGAAUUAAUUCGUUGUGGACAUUCUGCAAUCAACAAUGGGCAGUUGGAAACCCUAAACUACUCUUUUUUAAAAUACGAGGAUCAUCACGCACAAGAGAAUCCUGAGCUUGAUCCUACAACCGCCACACUACCCUUGAAAUUUAAUGUUGGGGCUUCAAUUCUACAUUUGGUGGGAUGAAAUGUUGGUUUAUAGAUGACUUGCUGUGAAAUUAUGAAGAUAAGCACAUAAGCAAGUUGAGGCAGGCAUUUGACGUUGUUUACUUCAAGAGCAGGAAAGUGAAAAGUCAAAAGAAUCCACGAGAAGAGAGCCUUAGACUUGGUACUCUUGGUCUAUCAUCUAGAAAACUAGGUGAGAAAAUUCUUUAUUUGAUCUCCUCCUGUUUACUUAUUGCUUUAUACUUAACAGAAGUUUCAUUAUGUUUUAAUAGGGGGACAUAUGGGUUUUGAUAAAGAUUCAAACAAAGAACUUAUUAAUUUUUUUUAAAAUCAUGCCAAAAAUUUUGGGAACUGUCUUCUUGACCUCUUGCUUCUAAAGGUUGCCUCCCUCAAGUGGAUGUUGGUUUAGCCUAGUAUGAUGAUCCCAUCUCCAACAAUGUAAAAUUCAUUCUCUAUUGUUCUUUUUUUUUUGGCUAAAUUAUAAAAAAUAUCCCCGAACUAUGUAUUUUGUGUCAAAAAUACCUAUGAACUGUCAAAGGUUUCAAUGAUAUCCUUAAUCUUUCAAAAAAAGUUUAUACCCUUGACGUUAGUUUUGGAUGGAUACCAUUAGUAAUUUGUUUAAAAAAUAUCCUUGAACUUUCAAAAGUUUCGAUAAUACCCUUAAACUUUUAAAAAGUUCAGAGGUAUUAGGCCAACUCAUGAUGGUUGAACAUUAUUUUACUUCUAGAAUCUAAACUUAAAAUUCAAUAGAAGUAAGUAAUGAUGAUAUUAAAAACGAUGUAUGACUACUGAAAGAAAAGUUGAUUUCUAGCUAGACAUUUGAUGAUCUAGUUUCUUUAAUAUUGUUAGUUCAUGUAUAUCAAAUAAUGGUUAUAUUGAACUUCUGGUAGGGGGAAGUGAAUUACUUAAUAUGGGACCACUGGGAAUGCUUUUGUUUUUCCUAUGCAAUCAAGUUUUUUUGAUCUAUUGUAAUAUCUGAAAUUUCGUUUUGUAUUGGAUAUGAUGAGGGUGCUAUGGUUGUGUCAAUCUAGUUGAGAUAUCCAGGUGCAUCUCCAGAUCCUUAGUGAUUUAUUCGGUUCAUGUCUCUUUGAAAUUUGAGCUUUACUCUUCAUUAUAUCAAUGAAAUUUUUUAUUUCUGUUUAUAAAAAAAAUAUGGAAACCAUUGUGCGGGAAGGAAGGUUGUUGGCAUCGUUUGAUAGGUUGGGGAGGUAUAUAAGUAAUUCAAUAUAAACAUUAAAAAAGAUACCUUACAUAUUGAUAUCAGUCCACGUCAACUUUGGUAGAAUUGAAGAAGUGGUGCAAAGGAAGCUCGAGGAAAGGAUGGAAGUGUCUAAUUGGUAGAUAGGAGGAUUCAAGGAGAGUGUUAAGAAGUUAUGAGUGAUCGAAUAAACGUUAGCAGUUUUGUCGAAGAGCAUGGAUCGAUUGAGUGUGUGAGCUGAGCAGCAACAAAGGUCCACAAAUGAUACUCGGAAGAUGUUGCUGUUUAUAGGUAUGGAGAUUGUUUCAUUGUGGAAUAGUUCCACAGGUUCCACAUUGAUAGAAGAGUCAAUUGAAAAUCCGAAGUUAGUGGGAGGGUUCAGGGAUUCGUCAUCAUUGCUGUCGAAGCUGGUUUGGAUGGAGAAUGUCAUGAAGGAAGACUAGGUGGGAUAUGAUCGAAACAAGUUCAAGAAAGUUGAGAUGCAUGUGUUUAAUGGAACUGACCGUGAUUUGUGGUUAUUUAGAGCUAAUAGCCAUUAUUGUCGAGUCCAAAAAUUUGACAAUAGAACUCGUGAUGGCCUCAAAUCCAAUCAUGGAAGAAUUAACCCACUAGGGCCAAGUAUGUAUAAAGUAUCUGAAGACAAAUCUAGUCUAUAAGGAUAGAAGGCUGAACGUAACACACUCUACUAAUGACCUAGAGAAGGGUUUGAGGAAAAGGUGACUUGGGAUGGAAGUGGAGUCAAAGGAGGAGGUUCAACCCCACAUACACAUGGCCCAAUUGGGCCUUGGGAGAGCUUAUCUUAGGAUUAGAGGCCGAGGCCGAGGCCGAGGUGACAAUCUAGGGGAAGCUCUAUAGGUACUGAUUCCAUAUCAUCCAAACCGAAGUUUACUGAACAGAACAUUAUGACUCAAAUGGAGUUUUCUUCUUUUACAGGUUACCUCAUACCAGGAAGGGACAAUAUAAUUUUUCUACAAACUCACUGCAUGUGGCAUUAACGGAGCAACGCGCCAGAAAUGGUAGGGGAUCCACUGUCUUCUUGCUGACAAAAAGGUCAACAAGGCCACCUAUCCUCGUAUUUUGCUUGAAUUCUUAGAGGUGAAGAUGACAAACCACCUUUGUCGAGCAGAAGUUGUCUUGCAUAUCCUCGUAAUGUCUCUUGGGACAUUCUUGUUUGUGUGAUAAAUGCACUACAUAAUUAGUAUAAUUUUUUUUUUUUGAAUUUUCAUAAAUAAUGUCUUGGGAGAUUAUGUUCCUCGAUUUGAUAUGAUUUGAGCUUUGUUCC